AUGUUCUGGCGCUUUGGAGGCUACUCCAACAUAUCAACAAUUGACACCCUUCUCGACAAGCCCAAUGUUAAACUUGAGGACCUGCUGGAGGAGUCUGACCUCAUUCAGGAGCUCAAGUCACACCACACAAAGCUGAUAGAGUUUCUGCGCGAAGAAAACAACCUCCAUACUCUCCUGAAAUAUGUGAUAGCGCCAGGGCCGUCGAUGGAGUCGGAAGACAAUGAAGAUGACGAAACAGUCAAAGAAGACGCCCGGGAUGCCGACAAGCCAUCCGAUGAGGAGCAAGAGAAGGCUGAGAAGAAGAGGUUGAAAUAUGCCUUUGUGGCUUGUGAGAUAUUGUCUUGCGAGACCUGGUCCAUCACCGAGUCUUUGAUGGCCAACACGCCCUAUCUGACCGAUUUUUGGGAUUUCCUUCGUCAACCAGCUCCACUCGAUCCAUUACAGGCCGGGUAUUUCACCAAAGUCAACGAAACACUUCUGGAAAAGAAAACAGAGGACAUGCUGGACUUCUUCAAGUCGCUACCAGGCAUUGUGCCAGCCAUUUUGCAGCAUGUGGAUUGCCCUAUGGUCAUGGACUUGCUCCUGAAGAUCAUUAGUCUGGAAAAGUCGGAUGGUGGUAUGGGAAUCGUGGACUGGUUGCACGACCAGGAUCUGAUACCAAUGUUGCUUUCAAACCUGUCUCCGGACUGCAACUCCUCGACUCAGACUUCCGCUGGUGACUUCUUGAAGGCCAUCAUCACCAUCUCAGCAAAUGCAGCCCAGGAUCAACAAUCUUGUAUCGGCCCGAACAGUCUUACGCGUCAACUUGUCUCUGAGAAGUGUAUCCAACAGCUCAUUUCGUACAUGCUCAAGGGUGGCAAUCCACUCACGGUUGGUGUCGGUAUUGUGAUCGAAGUCAUCCGUAAGAACAAUUCCGACUACGAUCCCGAUCAAAGUCAUGGCUCAGACACCCCUCCCACGAACCACGAUCCCAUCUACCUCGGCACACUCUUGAAAUUAUUUGCUCAAUAUGUCCCCGACUUCAUGCACCUUAUCCUCAGCUCAAAGCACACAGUCACGAAAGGUGAAACGACGAGCGUAGAGGAACGAGGCCACUUGAAGUCUGCUUGGGGAACCCAAAUUGAGCCUCUGGGCUUUGACCGGUUCAAGACUUGCGAGCUGAUGGCUGAGUUGCUGCAUUGCAGCAAUAUGGGGUUAUUGAACGAACCAGGUAGUGAAGAGCUGAUUCAACAGAGAGAUGCCGAGCGGGAACGAUUAAGACAACAAGGAGCUUUCCUGUCUACCAAACAGUCGGAAGAAUCGGCGGUCGACAUCUCGGUCAGUUCCUCGAAAUUCGAGAAUGCUUUCACUCCUUCGGCGUCUACGUCUACUGAGGAGCUGCGAAUCUCCAACCUCGGUGACGAAGACGAGUUUGAGAAAGUAGGCGUUUCCGAUGUGACAGAGUCUCCAAAAGAUGACGGUGCGGAACAACCGCAAUCUCCUCGCCGCUCAGAACCUCACUCGACUUCUAAAGAGCCAACCACACCCACAGGGAAUCUGGAUGAAACUGUGCGACGUUUGAGCCUGGAUAACAACGAGGACACCGUCAUGACCUCUUCCCCUGAGCAACACGAAUCCAGUUCUGCAUCCGCAAUUCCGCCUGGUGAUAUCUCUUCUCGCACAGAAGACAAGCCAGCACCGCUAUUCUCGCAAGCUUCCGAUCCCAACAAGACACCAACGGCAACCAGUCCAGAACCCACGAAGAGCUCUUCCGAGGGCCAGACGAGUGAAAUUAGCGAAAGUAGCCAGCUGGUCGGAGACUCUUUCCAGACUGCACAAGAUGACACGAUGCACGUCGCAGAACUCGAAAAGCAGAGCGGAGAAUCACCGGUGGUGGGAGAUUACCUGAAGGUCAUGUUCGUCGAGAACAAGGUGGUACCAACUAUUCUGAAUUUCUUCUUCCGCUUUCCGUGGAACAAUUUUCUGCACAACGUUGUAUAUGAUGUUGUCCAACAAGUUUUCAAUGGUCCUAUGGACAGAGGCCAGAACAGAUCCCUGGCCUUUGAUCUCUUUGAGACAGGUCGGAUCACUGAUGCCAUCAUCGAAGGUCAACGACGAAGCGAUGAGGAGCAGCAGACCAAGAAUAUGCGCCUUGGCUACAUGGGUCACCUGACAUUAGUCGCUGAAGAAGUCGUCAAAUUCGGCGAACGUCAUCCCAGAGAAUUACUGUCGCCUGUGGUCCAGGACUCCAUCUAUUCCCAAUCCUGGGAAGAAUACGUUACUAAGACACUUGCGGACACCAGAGAACGAGAUAAUGCAAUCCUGGGAGGCUUUAGACCUGACAACGGUCUCGGCCCUAGGCAGGCUGUACUGAACGCUGUGAAUGCUGGUCAGACAUUUGGUGCCUCGACUGGUCUGGCUGCCGCCGGAUUGGGUGCUGGUCAACAUGCCCUAGACAGCAUCGAUCUGUCGAAUAAUGGAAGUGCCACUAGUGCAGGGUACAACUCGAAUGGAUCACUUUCGAGUGGGUUCGGAAGCUCAUCCGAUGAUGAAGACGAGGACAUGGAUGAUGCAGAAGAUGACGAGCAUGGCCGAGCGGCUACUCAGCUUGCAGCAGCUGAUACCGGCCUUGUAUCGGAGAAUGCUGAUAAUGUUGCUUUACAGUCUGACCAGCCCGUACCAUUACUACCACCUCCACCAGCACCACUCAACAUUGAGCCUUCCCGUGCUCGUCGACGAUUGGCCGAUCGCUUAGCAAGACACAAGCAAGACGCUGAGCAAGAAGUUGCUGCAUCCGAGUUUGGAUCGGAAGCAGACGACCCAUUCGCUGCGUUAGGCAACGCGGAUGACAAUGAAUCUGGUGAUCCAUUUUCAUUGGAUGAAGAAGAGCAGGAUAUCACCACGUUUGGUAAGCGAAACAAUGCCAACACAUUGAAUCAGAGUACCGGGGAUCACCAUGCCUUUUCGAUGAGUCGAGGUCUGACGAGUCUUUUUUCGACGUCCAAUCACGAUGGCCAUGGCUCAUCCUCGCACGAUGACUUCGACGGGACGAUAGAUGAUUCGUCGUCCGACUCAGGUUCAGAUGCCGAGCCCGAGAAUCCGCCCUUGGAGGCACGAACCAGUCUUGAACGACGCCCACUGGAAGUUUUCGAGGAUGAAGAGAUGGGCGAGAUGGUGGCGCCAACCGAGGAGAGUAACAGCUCGGAUGAAGAGGUGCUGAGUCUAAUGGAGAAAGAAAAGUUGGGCGGUACAUUUGAUAUGAGUGAUCCUGAUGAACAGUCCUCAGAGUUCGCGGGUCAAGACGAUCACGAUGAUGAUGACGAUGGAGACCAACUUGUCGAAAUCGCGAUGCCCGCCAGCUCGAAGAGACGGUCAAGAGGUUGA